AUGACAAGCGCAGAGAACUCGAUAUUCAACCCCGACACCAUUCAGAUUCAUCAGUGCAGAAUAAAUGUACUUCCGUUGAAAUUUGACGAAGCUCUAGGACUCGCAUAUGCAGCUUUCACCAUAGACUGCAUACUGGAGAAAGCACAACCAUCCGUCAAGCUUCAUGUCAUCUAUGAUAUUGCCUGUACGCUCACUGCCCACUUCAAGAAAAAAAAGGACAAGAAGCUUGAGCUGGAUAUGGCACUCCCUGUGUUCCAUGCCUAUGGGCACAAAAUGGCUUGCCAGGUGGCAUACAGCACCAGAUGGCGCUGCGGUUACGGGCUGACAGAUGGGGAGGUGAUGGAGAGGCUCUGGUCCUACUUAAGGCGCUUCUCAUCUAUAACCAAGGAGAUGACACCAGCCCAUAGAGAAGACCUUCUUACAGAUGCUCUUCUGCAUUACAGCCGUCGGAAAAGAGCUGACAUUGGCAGCAGCCUUGUACUUUUGAUGGACAGAGCAGUUAGAGUUAAAGAGGAUUCUAGCAAAGCACUUGAGGAAAUAUGUAGUGACUGCGCAGUGUCACUUAAAGAUAUCAAGGAUUGGAGGGAAGCAGAAAAGUGUCAAGUCGAUGUCUCAAAGUCAUCCACAAAAGGUCAAGUCCCAUGGGAGGAAAAGUAUGUGCAGAAACUGCUGCAUUAUGAACAGAGAAAGGAACAACUGGCACUGUGUGAUGAUGACACCAGGGCUGGAAUGCUUGCUGGCCAAUGUCAAGAGUUAGAUCAGGAUCUGAAGACCCUCGAGCAGAGGCAUGGCAUCCAGCGCUGGUGCAACGACAACCCUGCCUUCAUAACCCACCUGGCAGUGAUGAAGGGAAAGCAGCAGGUGGCACUCAUCCAAAAGCUGUGGUCACAUGCUGUUGAGUACACCUUUUUUUGGACAUGUCCAAAAAGUAUUCAGAGGGACAGUCUGUGGCCACCAGACUAAGUAAGCAGAUACGGAAGUCUUCCAAAGCUUUGAGGAAACUGGUAUCUGCUUACAACAGCUGUGACUUCACUACACCACCGUCGUCAACAUCCCACAAAGAUGUGAUUGACUUGACUUCACAGCUGUACACAAACUUGACGGUGACAAAACAGGGUAGCACACCCAUUCCCUCCUCAACACGGCGAAGAGCUGUCGAUCUCAUCAAUUUGAGUGACCGGGCCAAGGAGGAGACUGCACUGGUUGAGAAGGAAAUGGCUCGAGUUCUCCAAUCAGUGUCAGACCGACACAACCAGUUGGUGGCACUCGUGAAAGAUCUGCGCUCGGCUGAGGCUGAUAGGGCUGAGGGCCUGCUGUUUUUAGUUGGGAAUGCCAUCCAAGAGCAAGAACAGCUGCACCUCAAUCUGGAAAAGUGUUUUUCAAAUUAUAUUCCCAUAUCAUCUUGCACCCCAUUUUUCAGGUCUACCAUACUUUCAGCAAUUUCUCCAGAACUUUCACCAUCAGAUGAGACUCCACUGUCUUCAGAUUCUUCAUCUGACGAAAGUGAGGAUGAAGCUGUUAGUGAUUGAUUUCUAAACUGAGCUGAUAUACUGACAACUCAUCCAUUUGGUUGAUUUUGUGAUUUUGUUAUGUUUGUGUUUUUUGGUUUUAAAGGUCACUUUUGGAAGUCUUUACGCCAACAUUCCAAAUUCUUGUCAAAAUCAGUCAUAUUAACUAAUACAGAAUUUGACCUAGCUACGUUAUGUUAUUUACGUUGAAACUGCUUGAUAUAAUAUUCUCAUUUUAAUCUACUUAUGCAUCAAAAUGAUCAAACAUUGAUAGCAGACUGUGUCGCCAAGAAAUAUGUUUAAUGCAAGCCCGCAUUACAGAAAACAGAGCAUUUUCUUAUUGGUCAGUAUGUCAGGGCCAAAGUAUGUCUUCAACGAUGCUUGCUUUCUUUGAAAACACAAUUACCUUCUAUGCUGCAAGAUAUAUAUAUGUAUAUAUAUAAUGAUGCCCCCUAUUUUUGUACCUGUCCAGUAUGACCUUUUUGUAAAUAAGAACAGGUUUAAUUCGCUGUCCAUUGAUCACAGUAAUGGUAUGUUUUGCUGAACAUCAACAUUAAUCUUUAUUGUGAUACGUGGAAUUUUGGGGUUUUUUUACCGUGUAUAUGUCUAAAAGUAUAAUGGGAAUAGGCCUAGUACAUGAAUGAUUUGGAUGAAUAUUUUGUUAACAGGUAGCGUAUACACGUACAAUGUCCUUACAAGUGCGACAUGCAGAGCUUUGUUGAAAAUAUGGGGCUCCCUUUGGGUUUGAUGAUUUUUUGUCUCGUCCUCGAUUUGUAUUUUGAAGUACAUGUAUAUACAUGUAUAAGUUAACCUUCCCUUUACUAUGAUUGUCUAUUUUUUACGAAGAAAUUAGAUGUUAGCAAAGCUUGAUCCAAUCCUUCCAAAAUCUGUGGCCGCAUUGUGCUAGGAUUUAUGUUUUCAUGAAAAGAAAUUUCACACAGAAUAUUCUCAUAUCAAAUAUGCAAUGUUCUUAUAUCAAAUAUUCAUUGAAAAAAAUGAAUAGGCCUUUUACAUGAAACCAUAAAUACUAGCGCAAUGCAGCCAUACAUUGUGGACGUUUUGGAAACACGGGUUAUUUUGAUUGAAAUCAUCAGUUGAACAUUGUCUUUCCUAUAAAGUAGACCUACAAGUACUUUCAGAAAGACUGCAAAUGUGCAGUCUAUUUUAAUAUUAUUAAGUUCAUUUUUAUAUAGACCAAGUAUGUUUUGUUUCAAUUGAAUUAGGUGUAUUCGUGCUGAACAGGAAUCCUUCAAUAAGCCAAGUCAACAUUUCACUCAUGCAUGUGCAAACUCUCACAAACAAUGCAUUUUUGUUUGAUAAAUAAAGCAUGUCCAAAUGUUCCGUUGUUUAAGUUAAUUCACUAUAACAAUUAAAACUAUUUAUUCUCAGAUGUCAAAUUCAUCCCUCUGCUUAUCUAUAUGUGAUUCAUUAUAUCCUGACUAGGUGUUACAAUUAAAUUUAAUAAUGAAACAGAAACAAUUGUUCUUGAGAAAUCUGUUCAUGAACACGUGUGUUGCUGAUGUAUUGGGUACAUGUACAUUUUCACCUUGUAUGUACAACAUUUUAACAGACAUUUGGGUCAAUGUUCACAUAUUCAUUUACUCAACGUGAAUAUGAUAAUGUUAAACGUUUACGGAGUAUUUCUUUAGCAAGUUAGGCAUAUACCCGUGCGGCUAUUUUAUAUACGAAAUGUAAAUAAUAAUUGACUUAAAAUUCUUAAAGUGUCUUAACCUCUUAUUUAUGUCAUAAUUCAAGUGAACAAUGCCUGGCCUUCAUUUCUUAUAAUUGUACUGCCUUUAAUGUUAACAGCUUACAAGUAUCAAACAAUAAGGAAUUUGGAUUGAUAAGUUGUCAUUGCUUCGGUAUCAAGCUUGGUCUUCAUAUGAAAACAAAUGUCGGAAUUUCUGAGAUAGUUCUGUGAAUGUGAAUCUCGUAAUCAGGUGGUUAGUGAUGUAAAGAUUUAAGGACAAAUACUUAAUAUUACGUAGAAGUUGUUAUCAUUUUUUUUAUUUGUGAAAUCAAAUGAAAAAGUGCAUAUUAAAUAGACAAAUAAGGUCAUCCUUUUAUAGAAUUAUAACAAAAACCUGGGACACUCUGAGCAAACGCAGGGUUUGGCCAACUUGGCCAGCAUUAAUGUCCGUAUAUUGGUUACUUGUAGUUACUUCUUGUGCGUGCAUAGUGGAAGAUAACAUGGAAUAAAACUACUCUGCAUGAAGUGAUA